AUGGGUGGCACAAGAAAGUCGCCCACCAAGCUGGGCCAGUCACCCGCGGUGAAGUCUCAUCAUGCCCGCGUCAACUCCGCCUCUAGCAACGCUUUCGCCGGUCCCUCGACCCCCUCUAGACCUGCCGCCGGCGGCGGCGGCGCAAAGAAGAACGAGAGCACCCCAGCGAAGGAGUGGAACUUCACCUACCUUCCCCCGAGCCACGAAGAGCGCAAGAAGAAUGGUCGCGUCGAAGGCAGAAACUUGAUCACCUGGAGCCGCCCGCGCAUGGCCGAAAAACUCCUCCUCCACAUCCAAUACGAAUGCAGCCGCUACCGCGUCGACAUCCCCUGGGACUCCAUCGCCCACCGCCUGCACCCAGGCUCAACGGGAAGCGCCAUCCACCAGCACCUCAACCGCUUACGCAGCCACCUGAUCGCCGAGGGCCACUUGGUCCCGCCCAUCUGCCAGAAACCGGGUUCGCGCGUCUUCGUCGACCCGCACAUCCGCGGCUACGUCCGCGCCAACCAGGAGAAUCCCGAUGACCAGCUGACGACCCGGGCCGUCCGGUUUGAUGAGCCGAUGGAGGAUAGGAAGUUUAACUUGCCGGAUGCUGUGGAGAACUUUGGUAGGGGAGGAGGAGGAGGAGGUAAUAAUGGUCCGAGCUACGGCGGUGGAAGCGGCGCUGGUACCCCUCGUAGCACCCCUCGUGGUGGUGGUAUCUUUGCGGGCGUCGGUCCUAUUGGUGAUGGCAGCUCUGGCGGUAGUGGUGGUGGUGGUGGUGGGCGCAUGAGAGCCAGCCGUGGUAGCGCUCGUGGCCUUGUCAAAAUCAAACGCGAGCCUUCGCCUGACCCGGCCGACCUUGAUUCCGAUGAGGAGUACCGCCCGGGUGCUAAGAAGGUUCCCAAGUCGGCCAGUCGCCGGUCGGCUAGGGCUAGGAAGCAGAUGACUGCUCGCUCCACCUAUGCUGAAGAGGAUGACGAUGACAUGGAGGGCUAUGGCGCGCCACAUCAGUCUGUUGAGUAUCAACAGGGCGAAGCUGAUGUUGCUGAUGAUGAGGGCGAAGCUGAGGAUUACGGCGCUGAGGCCGAUGAGUAUUACUUGCGGUAUGACUCGGAGAAUGAUGGCCAGGCUUCUGGUGCUGGUGGUGGUGCCGGCAACGGUAAUGGUCGUGUCCGUUCGUAUGUCCCUCAGUUUGAGGACGAGGGCGAAGAUGCUGAUUUCGAGGGCCUCGAUUCUCCCCCCAAGCCCGCUCCAGCGCGCAAGACGAACAACAACGGCUACACCAGAAACGAAUAUCGUCUCCCUCCCAUCACCAACCUCAUGCGCGACGCCGAUGCCUUCGAUGGUGACGACAACGGCGAGCCAUUCUUCAGCGAUCCCCGCUCUCCCCUGGGUCUGAGUGGCGCUUCUGACGCCCGGGUGGGUAAGGCCCCCUUGAUGCGGCCCGACUUUUACAACUUUGCCAGUGCUCUGCAUUCCGGAGGUGGGAAUUAUCAGUCAACUCAAGACAGCAGCAGCCACGGCGGUCACGGUCAGGACAGUCAGUACUCCCACGCCUUGAGCCAACAGGGUCGGUCCCAGGAUCCGUUUUUGGGCCAGAACCGCGCGUCCAGCAAGGGCGGCCACAUGUUUGACUUUCAGUCUGAGCCGGAUGACGAUGACAAUGAGCGUGAGCAGUCGCCUUCCAAGAGGGCGAAGCAUGCUUGA